GUGGCGCAGUGUUCAGAAUUGUGUGCCUUAUUCUACUGUUCUUAGCUGUGGAUCUGAGAGGCUGGCUGUUGGACAGUGCUGAUUAUUAAAGGUGUAGAGGAAUUAUCUGCUGGCUAAGUAAUAUUUCAAGGUAUAUUUGGGUUUCUCGGUGAUCAACACAAGUCAACAUGAGUACUGCUACACAGAGGAAAAGACGGACUUCAUCUGCUACAUGUUCCCGCCGUGGAAACAGCAAGAGGAGCCGGACCCAGAUGUCUCAAACAGCAAUGGAGACCAUUGAUGUGCUGGAAACUGACAGAACUAACAGUGAAGAAGAUGUGGUAGAUUUAACAUGUGAAGGGUCUGAACCUGCAGUUGUUGACCUCACCAAUAAUGAUUCUAUUGUGGUUGUGGAAGAUGGUGUACAAAGCAGACGUGGACAGGGCACAGAGAGUUAUGUAUUGAGCAGUGAUGAAGAGGAAGAGUCCAGUCUCAGACUCAGUCCAGGCUUACUGUCCUCUCUUCAUGCCAGCUCACGAGCCAGGUCUACACCAGGGGCUGUUAGCUGUCCUGUUUGCAUGGAUGCGUAUUCAGAGAUCAUCGACAGUGGGCGGCUCAUGGUCUCCACGAAGUGCGGCCACCUUUUCUGCAGUCAGUGCAUCCGCGACUCUCUCAACAGAGCUCACAGCUGCCCUACAUGUAGAAAGAAACUCACGCACAAACAGUACCACCCAAUAUAUAUCUAAUGGUAAAAACUCUGUCUUACAGGGUUCCGUAGUAUUCUCUCAUGAAACAACUUCACAGUUCCAUAUUUUCACUGGCUGUUUAAUAUUUUACACAUCCAUGUCGAGAUGACAUUUGGCAUUAUUUUUACUUGUGAGAUUCUGUUGGAACUAAAAGGGCACUUAGUCCAAGAUUUAGUAUGUUUAAAUUAUAUAUAUAUAUAUAUAUAUAUAUAUAUAUAUAUAUAUAUAUAUAUAUAUAUAUAUAUAUAUAUAUAUAUAUAUAUAUACACACACUGUUUUGAGGAGGAGUUUUGGGAACAUAUCCUGACAUCAAGUAUUUUGGGUUUAUGGUUUAAGGCUGCUAAAUUAAUUGAUCUUAUUUUUUUUUUUUUCAACUCUCCAAUUAGUAUUAGGUUCCAGUUCAAAUGAAAAAUGAAUGACCAACUGUCACAAGUAGGAUCUUGUAUGUAAGUUUAGUCUUGAGCAAAAUAGUUUCCUGCUGUAAUGGUCUCCAUUUAAUGUUUAGUGAAGUUUGUAAGCCCGUAAUGAUAGUUUGGGGCGCAUCGCCUUCACAAUUUUUAGAUCGCCCCCUCUCCUUGUAUCUCGUCUCAUUUGUUUAUGUAGCCUUCAUACUAGCCUUGUUAGCUUUCUGUCAUCCCCGGUCACUUAUUUUCAUUCAUUAUCUGUUUAUUUGAUCCAACUUCAGAUUCUUAUUUUAUCAUCAAGCAUAUUGUUGUAUUCACACCAGUUUUUAAGAAACAAAGAAUGCUGAUUAUGUAAAUGUGCUUUCAUCCCAGAAGACCUCUUCAACUGAUCAUUUACUCAGUGGUUAGAGAAGUGAAGGGUUGAGUUAUCACUUCACUUCUUGACUGGUUAACAGAGGGUUACUGGAGGACUAAAGCUAACAAGGCUUGUUUGCCAACUUAUAUGUGUUAAAUGUUAAUAUCUGUAUAUACUUUAAUGUACAAAGGACCUGUAAGUUAAAAGGCGUUAGUAAUGUAAAGACAAUAACGUUUAUUUCAAUAAACAUUUUGAUCAAUGA